CUUUUCUUUUUCGAAAGAUACCUUUUUACACAUACUCAGACAUCAUGACAGUCUCAGACCACGGUUUUCCCAUCGGCUACUUCUACAUCAUCUCCAAGAUGAAUGGUCUUGUUGUCGACCUACGUGGUGACUCAGAGACCGCUGCUCCCGGCACUAAGAUUGUGAUGGCUCAAAAGCGAGAAGAGUCUCCCGAGCGUGAUAGCCAACUUUGGAUCCAUCAGAAUGGUUUCUUGACCAACAAGGCUACAGGUCUUGUCCUCGAUAUCAAUCCAGCCGAAAGCUUUAUUGCCAUUUUCACAAAAGAAAAGCGGAUGUAUUUGGAUGGCAUGAAGGAAGCAGAUGCUGCAAACGAUCAGCGCUUCGGCUUCGAAAGUGAGCCUGGUUUUAUCUAUCAGCUUUCCGAGCCCAAAAAUGUUCUCGAUAUCCGCCAUGAGUUGUCCGAAGUCGAUGCUCGCCUUAUGAUCUAUAAGCGCAAAGAAUACCCAGAACACGAAGGCAAGGAGACCAAGAAGAACCAACUGUGGGAUAUUGAGUUGAGCGACCCACCACGCGCUGUGGAUUCUGAUGAUGAGGAUGAAGAUGACAGCAAGCGUGCACGUAUGAAGGCUUGGUUCGGUAACUGGAAGGCAUUCGGCUCCCAUAAGAAGGAAAUCCUUGAUGAGAAGGAAUUGACCGACGCACAUAGAAAGGUUUACGAGGAUGAAGAGAAGAAGAAAAAGUCGACAUUGAGUUACGAAUUGAUUGCUGGCGCUGUCGCUGUUCAAGCUGUCAGAAUGUGGGAGCAGAAGCAAGAGGAAGAAGGCAAGGAUGUCGACAGCAGUAUGUCCAAGAAGCUCGUUGCUGGUUUUGCUGCAACUGAGUUAGUAAAACUCCUUGCGGAUCGCGGAGAAGAUGGCGAUGACGAGGACGGCAAGGAAAGCAGAAAGAAACGCCUUUUGACUAAAAUGGCCAUUGUAGCAGCCACAAACUACUUUGAGAAUCGCCACGACUCUUCAUAAAGAAAAACAUUAAUGCGUUGUUGUACUACAAUUCACGUUGUGACAUCCAUGUAACAACGACCUCUUGUACAGUUGAUCAUAUUCCAUUUGCUUGUCUCACAAUAAUAAAAAUAGAUUGGCACCAUACAUGUCAUCCAAAAUCCCAAAUCACCCGUUUGGGUCUUUGAGACGUCACAGGGUUUUGGAAGGUUGUUUUAGGUGUCCGAACU